AUGGGUAGGAAAGUAAGUGAGCUUGUGCAGUUUGUAGAGCCUCACUUCCCCUUCAACAAGAAACCAACUCCCACAUCGGAAUGCCGUUCUAGUAAGUUGUGUUCUCGUAUCUGUCACCUUUUCAUUGGCUUUGAUCGGGAAGGCCCUCAAUCGUAUACAGAGCCCACUCUCUCACUUUCUAACACACUUUCUCUCUUUCCCUCUUCCUGUCGCUUCAUUUCUUUCUCCCUUUCUUUAUCUAAUUCCCCCUCUUUCUCCAUCUCUGUCGCUUUCUUGGUCUCUUUCUUUCUGUUUCCCCCUCACUCGCUCCUGUCUGUAAAUUUUUGUCCUUCCUUGUCACAUUCGCAGUUACUUUCUCUUUGUCUCUCUUUCACUAUCCCCUCUCUGUACCCUUCCUCACUGCUUCGCACUCUCUCUCUCUCUCACUCUCUCUCUCUCUCUUUUCUAUCAAUUUCUGUCUCUCUCACCUUCGUAGUCACUUUCUCAAUCAGUCUUUGUCUCUCUUUCCCUACCCCUCCUCUCUAUUCCUCUUCAUGCUGUCUUAUUCUCUUCGCAUUCCUUCUCUAUUAUACACCAAAAAAGUCUCUCCCGAUUUCUUGUAAGCUAUGUAAUUUCUCUCUCUCUCUCUCUCUCUCUCUCUCUCUCUCUCUCUCUCUCUCUGUUGUCAAUCAAUUUCUACACUGGCUUAUUUUCUCUAUCUGUCUCCUCUCUCUCUCUCUCUCUCUCUCUCUCUCUCUCUCUCUCUCUCUCUGUUGUCAAUCAAUUUCUGUCUCUCUCACCUUCGGAAUGAAUUUCUCGAUCUCGCUUUAUCUCUCUUUCUCUACCCCUCAUUUCUGUUCUUCUUCUCAUUAUCUUGUUCGUCUCUCUCAUUCUCACACACUAGUUCAUUUGCUCUCCCUCUCUAUCUAUGCCUGUCUCUCCUCUCUCUCUCUCUCUCCCUCUCUUUCUCUCUGCUGUCAAUCAAUUUCUUUCUCUCUCACCUUCACAGUGACUUUCUCAAUCUCAUUUUAUCUCUCUUUCCCUAUCACCCCUCUCUGUUUCUCUCCUUGCUAUCUUCUUCUCCUUCUGUCUUUCUCUCACUCAUUCUCAGACAUUAGCGCAUUUAAUACCCUCUCUCUCUCUCUCUCUCUCUCUCUCUUCUCUAUUUCAUAG